UUAUUUUUUUCUGAAAAAAAAUCAAUGUGGAGGAAAACACACGCCAAAUAUGUUCCUGUUUAAGCCCUAAAUCAAUCAAUCAAUCUUCACUUACCAGUUUUCACUGCCUAACUGUUUCUGUGUCCUUAAUUAGUUAAUCAAUGAAGUUAACCAAUUUAACCCUUUUGGUUGCUUUGUUUUUAAUCUUGGUAAUUACAGCUCACUCCGCUGACCCGGUGGAUCCUCAGGUAAAGGAGAAGAAAAGUACAGUUGAUGAAACAAGUAAAACGACAAACCCCGAAACUAAGCUGAACGAGAAACCGGGGUCUAAUUUAGAAACUAAGAAAACUGAUCCUUUAGAGAAGGCUAAAGUGUCUUCAAAUGAUAUUGGAAAGGGUAAUGUGGAUAAGGCAACGAGUCAGGAAUUAGGGGGUGAUGAAAGUGGUAAGGUGAAAACGGGUUCAAACGAUAAGGGGUUGGCGGACAAGAAAAGUAAAGCAGACGAAGAGAAGAAUGCGCUGAAAGAGGAGAGUUCGUCGUCUGCGAGGAAGGGAAGUUUUCAAGGAGAAUUGUGUGAUUCAGCUUUCAAAUGCACAAUCGAUGAUGGCAAGAAUCAUGGAAUGGUUGCUUGUUUGAGCGUUCCGGGAGAUGAGUCUACAGAGGUUUCCCUUUUGAUUCAGAAUAAGGGGAAGGGCCUGCUGGAUGUGGAUAUUAAGGCUCCUGAUUUAGUUCGCCUAGAUAAAUCCAAAGUUCAAAUCCAAGAAAAUGAAAACGAAAAGGUUACGGUUUCAAUAGGAUCUGGAAAAACUGAAAAGCAUAUAACUCUAAAAACAAGCAAAGGCAGUUGCAGUCUUGAUUUUAUAAAUUUUCUUACACAUAACCCCACGAAGAAGUCAAACUACAUGCCACAACUGACUUACACUAGUCUCUUCAGGCGAACUCCAUUUAUCGGACUUGUAUCUUUAGCAUUGUUACUAGUAACAGUAUCAGUCCUUGUGUGUGUUACCUAUCAAAGAAGACGUCUUGUGAACAAUGGUAUAAAGUACCAAAAGCUAGAUACCGAACUCCCGGUUUCAGCUAGGCCCAACAUAGAUUUUGACCAAAAAGAUGGGUGGGAUGACACUUGGAGUGAUGAUUGGGGUGAUGUGGAAGCACCCAGUACGCCCUCCAUGCCUCUCACGCCAAGCAUUUCUUCUGCUGGUGUUUCUUCCCGACGUAUUAACAAAGAUGCCUGGAAAGAUUAGAAUUACAAUCAAGAUUUGACGUUUCUUUUUGUCUCUGAGUAAUCUAAGAUGUAGAGUAAAGUCCAUUUUCCCUCUUCACACAUAGUGUCUUUUCAUGUACCAAUUUUCAUGAAAAACGACUGGAUAUCUAUAUAUUUUGGAUCUUGGAUCAUUUGAUAUACUUAAUUUUGGAAAAGUACUUCUCCGUAAA